AUGGAUGGGUGCGUGCUCGGCGACGACGGUCUUGCGGGCGCGCUAGCCUUCUUCAACGAGAUGCGGUCAUGGGGCAUUGUGUCGUCCACGGUGAGCUACACGACGUUGAUGAAGGUGUUCGCUGUGUCGGGGCAGCCCAAGGUGGCGCACAAGGUGUUCGAGGAGAUGGAGCGGGACCCUAGGGUGACGGUGGACGGCGGCGUGGAACAUGCUCGUGGAGAAUCUACCGUCACCGGGCUGCCGGAUGUGGCGACGUACGGUAGCCUGGCGAAGGGCAUCGCGAUGGCGCGCAAGCCAGAGGAGGCGCUGGUGCUCUGGAAUGAGGUGAAGGAGCGGUGCCUGGAGGAGGCCGACGAGGAGCUGCUGGGGGCGCUGGCGGACGUGUGCGUGAGGGCGGCCUUCUUCAAGAAGGCGCUGGAGACUCGGAGAAGGAGGGAUGGGGUUGGAGGAGCUGCUGGAACAUGCCCGUGCGGGUGGAGAUGA